CGACCUGUCAUCAUCGUCAUUGAAAAUACUUUUAAAAUGAGGCUUCAGAGGCCAACAAAAAAUGGCUUACAUCUGUAUAUGUUGCUGCUUAUUGUGGUAGUACUGGUUUGGAUACCAGAACGUGUAUGCUUGGAAGAUUUCCAGGAUCAGAAAGAACUCAUCGAAGCCGGCAUGGAAGGUUCGGCUGAGUUUUUCAGUUUCAUCGGCGAAGGGGAUUUCAAGAGCUCAAUGAAAGCAUUAACGACAACGUUUGGGCCACUCAUGCUUUCAGUUGGUCCAUUUCUUAGUUUUGUUAUGAACUUCAUUCAGGGUGAUUCAGAAGAGUUGGCAUUUAUGAAAGAAAUGAUGAAGAAAAUUGAAAAUAGAUUCGAUAAAGUUGAUGCACGAUUUGACGACAUAGAGCGAAUGAUUGACUGGACAGAUGUCGCAGUAAACUUCGGGCAGAUAGAGCAAAAGAUUAUGGCGCUGACUGAAGUAUACAGAUACCUUUACAAAUAUUCCUCUAGUUAUAAAACUGCACACAGAAAGCUGUUUAUAAAGGCAUAUGAGAGUAAUUAUGAACUCAGUGGGCUCAGGUUAUACCAGGCCGUGGUAUCCGCCGGCACUUUCCAGGAAAAUCUCGGGGACUCCAUUGUUAAGUUCCUUGAAUAUGACCGUAGUGCGACCCAGCAUUUUAUGCUAGGCGUGGUCAAGCUUCUUGUUCAAGCAGUAGAAAUAGAACAAGCUUAUCUACAGAUUGAAGGGGCCGCAGACAUUGCAGACGACAGCAGGGCAUUAUGGGAAAAAAGAAUGCAAGAAGUAAAAUCUACUUUUGAGAAGAUUGAUCAAUCACUUACCGAUGGGUACCUUGAUCAAUCGCUCAAGGACAUUAAAAAAUAUGCUAUCGACAAUGCGAGAGAUGCCACGAGUAAUGAAGUAUUUAGUAAGGGUCUAUACGAGAUGUUAACGACAAAGUUUUAUUGGCGGGACUGGUUAGUUGUUGUCUAUAAUCCGAUCGAAGGUUCGAAAAAUCAUUUCGUGAAACAAUGCAAUGGCCAUAUACUAUUUCGACAAAAUGGACGCAACAUUGUUGUUGCAAGCGUUGAUAAGAAUGCUAAACCAAUGGAUAUAGCCGCCGCUAAAACAGUAAUAGGUGAAGUUGCUCGAUCGACGGUUCUCCAAGCUCAAGACGUCGAUAGAAGCAUCUUCAAAACGACAAAAUGGUCAGCUGAAAAGGUUUUCCAAGAGAUCGAACAGGCGAUACAACAUCAACCCGUAGGAAGGUGUAGCUUUGGGGCGAUUAAAGGAGGAAAUGAUAUCCACGUGAUAUCUAAGGAAAAUAGAGCGGUUGUGAAGGACGCUCAAGAUUAUUACAAGUUAUUCUUGUUUGGCAAAAAAGAACCUGUACAAGCAAUAGUAUCAGGUUUACAUGAAGGAAUUGCCUCAGCAGCCGAAACCGUUGCAAAUGCACUCAAGAAUUUUAAAUUCUCAUUUGACAAAAAGUAAGAUUUGCCUGACCAACAUGAAGUAUGGAAAGAAAAUUGAUAAGUACAUGUCCACGUAGAGGUUUCUCAUGUUUUAAGCCUUACGUUUUUUAAAGCCUAACAUAACGCAUUCACUAGAUUAUUGCAAUUAAAACGAGAUGCAGUUGCGGAUAAGAUUUAGCCGACAACCUGUUGUGCGUUUGUGCGAAACCUCUCUAUUGUAUAAGGAUGUCAUUUUAUCCAAGAGUUUUUGCAUUUCUGAAAACUAGCCUAAUUGAAACCACACUGCUUUGAGGGUUCUCAAUAUCAUUGAAUAUUAUGUACUUGGAUGUUUUAAUCAUUCUCUUAACCCCAGAAUAUGUGCGAUGUAUUUAUCAUGAAUGUUUUUAUCAUUGUCUACAUUAUUGAGAUUGUACUAUGUAUUUAUUUUGGAUGUUUGAAUAAUGGAUUCCAAUCCACCAUGACUUGUGUCAAUCACAUCCAAUAAAACUGAAGUUAUCACAAUAUUUUAUAGGCUUAUCACUACUUCCUGGUGGUGUCAUAGAAUAUAUAUAUAUUGAAACACAAUACUGAAUUUAAUUUAGAAAAAUUAUUCAUAUUAUCCUUUAUUAAAUAUACUAAAAUACUAUACUGUGUAAAAUAAAUCUAUUAAAUAUACCAUAUUGUGUUUUCUUUAAUUUCUGAGUAUUUAAGGCCUGUCUGAUUACAGUGGUGGCGGUAGCUAUAUUAUUUUGCUAGUCAUUUUGUGAUUGUAUCUAAAAGAAAUUCAGUUCUCCAUCUUAACUCCCUGCACUUAAGCCAUACAGUCUGUAUCUAUAAAAUUAUAGAGAGCCAAAAUAAAUAACAUCCAACAUUAUCAAAGUUUCCUGGGGCUGUGAAUUCGUACGAUCCUCAAUCCAAUCCGGAUAAAAUUCAUCUUUUGGGAUAAAUCUUGG